AUGCGCCAGACACAGAUCUUCUCGGGCCUAUCACACCCGGCUCUGGUCGAGGGCAUCUGCGACCGGUUGGGCCAGCGUCCAGGCAAGGCCGAGCUGCGCAAGUUCAGCAACGGAGAGACCAGCGUGCAGAUCCAGUCGUCUGUCCGUGACCAAGAUGUCUUCAUUGUCCAGAGCGGCAGCUCCAAGAUCAACGACAAUGUCAUGGAGCUGCUCAUCAUGAUCUCGGCUUGCAAAGGUGGCUCUUCGAAGUCCAUCACGGCCGUCAUGCCCUACUUUCCCUACUCGCGCCAGAGUAAGAAGAAGUCGCACCGUGGUGCCAUCACCGCUCGCAUGAUCGCAAACCUCCUGCACGUCGCAGGCGUCAACCACGUCAUCACCAUUGACCUUCACGCCUCUCAGAUGCAGGGCUUUUUCAAGUGCCCUGUCGACAACCUCGUUGCCGAGCCGCUGCUCGCCCGCUGGAUCCGCAACAAUGUGCCCAAUUGGAGGGAUACCGUCGUCGUGUCCAAGAACCCUGGCGGCACCAAGCGUGUCACCAGCUUGGCCGAUGCAUUGAAGCUCAGCUUCGGUAUCGUCACCACCGAUAGGCGACGGCCUGGUCGUGGAGAGGGCCUGAGCUUGCAGGGCAGCGCCAUAUUUGAAAGGCUUGGCUUGGACGGGACCUACGAGACGGACGGCCUGAUUGAGGAAGAGUUCGACGCAGAGGCUGGCAUUGCCCCGGCCGAGACUGUCAAAGUCACGUCCAAUGAGGACGCUGCCGAGGACGCUGCUGAAGACGCUGAAGACGAAGCCGAUGAGAAGAAAGAUGGGCCGGUGAGGGGUCGCGGCAGGGCGACCUCUGCCGCUCGCAGACUCAAUGGCAAUGCGGUCAAUGCCGUGCCCUCGAGUCCGCUGGUCAAGUCGACUAGGGCCGAGUCCUUCAUUUCUGAAGAUGGCCAGGACUCUCCUAGGAAACGGCUCAUGCGGACAGUCACAGCCCCGAGCGCUUCUCACUCUCCCGCCGACCCUACCGCCGACGAGUACACUGACGAGCGCGCUCGGGACGUCAUCCAUGGCCGUCUAGUCCACGGCCAUAUUGUGGACGAUGAUCAUCCUUCCCCUGCCCUGUCGGCUGUUUCUUUCAAGAACAGGCCUCCGCGGAGCAGCAACUCGGAUGAUGACGAGCCUCCGGAGCACAUGCUCAACUCGAUGAUGUCAACCUGUUCUGUCGAGGAGCCUGAGCUUGCACAGCCUAUGGGUGGCACCCACGAUGCCGGUGACACGUCUGAAGCUGAAGAAGAAGACCUCAAGAAUCCCGAGCUCGAGACGACGGUCACGCUUGUUGGCAACGUGCGGGAUCGUCCGGUUUGCAUUGUCGACGACAUGAUCGACAAGUCUGGAUCGUGGAUCGCAGCUGCAGAGACCGUGGUGAAGCGUGGUGGUGCCACCAAGGUGUACUGCAUGGCAACACAUGGCCUCUUUGGCGGUGAUUGCCUCGAAGAGAUGGAGGAGUGCGAGUGCAUUGAGCGUAUCGUGGUCACCAACUCGUUCCCUAUUCCUGAAGACAAGAAGGCUCGCUGCAGCAAACUCACCAUCAUCCCGGUUGAGAGUCUGCUUGCCGAAGCCAUUCGCAGGAAUCACCACGGCGAGAGUAUGUCGCAGCUCUUCUUGCACGGAUGGUAA